ACCCUCUGCACAAUGGCGGGGACCGAAUCGCCUUGCUGACAUAUAGUACCGUGUCGGACUCGGGUAGUUUCGGGUAGACAUGCUCUCUACAUUGGAUGUACAUAGACAACACGUAGUUACAAGCACACAACAUGACGAGCACAGCAAAUCCGGCGUACAUUCAGGCCGUCUCCGUCGGCUUCCGGCGAAGUCAGUCAAGUCUGUCCACCCGCUCGGACAUCCGGAUUAGGUCGGCUCUCAGCAUUGCUGGUUAUGAGCUGUGCGGAGACAACCUCAAGAGACGACAGGAAGUGAUGUCACGUGUCUCGAGCGAUGACUGUAUCCAUUCCCGGAGGGACAAGGCGCAGAUGAUGGAAGAGUUGAUCUUCCUUUAUGGUCUUCACGCAUAUAACAAUUUUAAUUUCCCAAGCCACUCAUCAAUACAGUUACGCCGUGCACGAUCCAAAAUAGGAAACGCAUGGGCGUGCGAGAACGAGGCUUUCAGACAAAUGUACAAUUCAUCAUCACGGUUACCCAGACGCCGGGCUCCUCUUCAUCGGACCAACUUUCCAUGUGUCCAAGUCGGGUGUCAUUUCCCGAAGUGACGUCAGACCAGUGACGUCAUACUGAUGUGAUAACAUCUAUAUCAACACGGUAAAGGAAGAAUAAGUGUCACGAGAAAUGAUGAGACCCUUCUAGCAUCGCACUAGUGUUUGCGUCGGCGGCGCUGCGGGUUGUAGGUGUUAUUGCAACGGUGCUGUUGCAUGGGGGAGUGUCUGACUCUCGGAGUGUCUGCAGUGAUACACGAUUCCAAGUUUGAGGGAUCAGUAAAGGGCAGCUUUUUGUGAUAACGUUAAUGAAGAAAACACUGAGACAAACGUCAAUUCGACACAUCCGAUUCGAUUUCUAUAGAGGCAAAAAUCAUGACUAUUAAACGAAUUAUUUUGAACAUUGCAUCAACUUUGAGAUCGUAGCUGGAUUAACCGAAGUGCAGCGAUGUGUUGUUCGAGUGAGUGAUUAUGAUUUAACGCCGCGUUCAGCAAUAUUACAGCAAUAUCACGGCGGGGGGACAACAGAAAUGGGCUUCACACAUCAGGAGAAUCGAACCUGGGUUUUCGGCGUUAGGAGCGAACACUUUAACCACUAGGCUACCCCAUUACUGGUGUUUCACAGUAUGUAAAUGCAACACACCUAGCCAUCAUAGCAUCCCAGGACGAUUAAGAGUGAGCUGAGUUGGGAUGGGUUGGGGUUAUUGCCAGUUUUAACAGUAUUUCAGUUCAAUCUCUGCCCGUUACCUUGAUGAGUUGAUUAAGUGACUUAUCGCCGCUCUGAACGGUAUCCUGGUUAUAUCACGGUGGGUGGGCUUAACGUGGGAAGAAAACCCGAAGUAAUGCAGGAAUAUGAACUUUGUGAAAACCCUCAAGCAGAGGUAUUGAAUGCGAACCAACUAUCAUAGGAUUCUGGCGUGUCGAAGGGAGGCAACUCUGUACAGCGAAUUACCACGCUUGGACAACAGCAUUGCAACCCGACGUUAUGCAGGUGUGACACUCUGACGACGUUUACCAUACCCCAAAACAGGAAAGAAUUGAGUCUCCCAAACAGGGAAGCCGAGUUGUGGUCUGUUCUCUCUCAGCAACUAGGCAGCGUCCAGUGUGUAAAAGAAGGGUGUCAUGACAUUUAUACAGACUACGUUUCCAAAUAUAUCUGCCCUUAGUUCUCUUCAUCAGACUCCGGAACCAGGAAGGGAAUUUGGCACUGACUCAUACAGCAAGAUCUCCAACGCCCAUCGCCCCUUGUAUCGCAUGUUACCAGAAGUACACGUUUCAGUAUUCGUAUUAAGUUAAGAUCAGAUAAGGGAAUUUUGUGUACAUCAGAGUUAAGAACAUUAGAAAACAACAUUUAAGAUAUGAGCAGCAACAAUGACAUUGAAUGCAUAGUGAAAUAACAGUAUUUAGGAGAGAAACGUCUAACAAUAAAUAUACUAAGAGAAUAAUGUUUAAGACUUGUUUAAAAAGGAUAUGCUAACUGGUAUAAGAUAGUGUUUACUUCUCUUUGACUUUACAUUUGGUAAAAGAUACCUACGGCCAGAUGGUAAAAGUGUAUAACAAGUGUUUAAAACAUUUGUUGGGUCUUGUAAAAUUCUGACAGAAAGAUUUAAAACUGAUGACAU